AGCUUAUUUUUCAUAAAGUAGAAGAUUUUGUGAAUAUAAAUCAUAAUUUCACUUUUAUUUAAAUAAGGAAAUUCCGAAUAGCCAGCCCACUGAUGAACAGAGUUCUUUCUCUCUCCCCAUUCUUAUCCUUGAAUCCCUUUACAAACAGAUUGGUUGUGAAAAUGUCGGCAACAGCCGCCAGUAACGUUGGAAUUCCGGCCGGUUCCCUGGUGGUGAAGCCUCCGGCGCACCCCACCUAUGACCUCAACGGUGUUAUACAGCUGGCGCUCUCCGAGGACGCCGGCGAUCGAGGGGAUGUGACUUGUAAAGCAACAAUUCCUGUCGAAAUGGAAGUGGAAGCCUAUUUUUUGGCAAAGGAGGAUGGAAUUGUGGCAGGUAUUGCACUUGCAGAAAUGGUAUUUAAAGAGGUCGAUCCUUCGCUAAAGGUUGAGUGGUACGUAAAAGAUGGUGAUAGUGUGCACAAAGGCCUACAAUUCGGCAAAGUACAUGGAAGAGCACACAAUAUUGUUGUGGCUGAAAGGGUUGUGCUUAACUUUAUGCAGAGAAUGAGUGGAAUAGCAACUCUGACGAAGGCAAUGGCGGAUGCUGCUCGCCCUGCAUACAUUUUAGAGACUAGGAAAACUGCUCCAGCAUCUGGGAAUGUGACGCUCGAGACUGUAAACAAGAUUGGGCAAUCUGGGGUGACCUACAUUUCCAGUGGUGCGCUAACACAUUCUGUUAAAGCCCUCGAUAUUUCACUGAAAAUCGACACGGAGCUUGCACUUGAAGUUGGGAAGCGUACAAAACGUGCAUGAUUUUUUUCUCAUUCGGACGAAAAUAAUGGGAAAACUAUUCACCGUGAUCUCCAUUACACAGUUAUACUAAUUGGAAGGUACUAAUAAUAUAGCGCAUCAUCAUUUCAAUUUACAAGACUAUGUGAGCUUUUCGACUAGAAGAGAAAAAUUGCAUGGCAAAUAAUCCAGAGCGCUUAUACGCAGAUUCUUGCUAUGCAAUUCUUCGCUAGUGCUUUGUCGAGGCGGUUUCACUUGUAUAAUUUUUCGAGUCAUGACUUUUAUGUGACAAAAUUUUGAUGCUUUUAUGUAUUCAGAAGGUUUUUUACGACAUGCAUUA